UCUUGAUGACGUAUUUCACACCGGCAUAAAAACAUGGCGGAAACUGAAACGUUUUCUCGGGAAAAUAAUGCUUUUACAAAAGAAAUCAGUCCCCAAAAGCGUAAAUCAACAGACCAUGCUUCAGAAAAUAGUCCUAAAAGUUCUUCAAAGAGACAAAAGUACGAUGACGAAGAAACGCGCAAAGAAAGAAAGAAGGAGAAAAAGUCUAAACGAAGUAGAGAGGAAAGAAGAAGGAUGAAGCAAGAAGUCAAGAAGGAGAAAGUUGACGAAAAGUUCUUCGAAGAGGAAAUUGCCCCAGUUCAAGAUCCCAAAAUUGACAAGAGCAGGAUUUGCCCAUAUUUGGACACAAUCAACAGAUCUGUGCUGGAUUUUGACUUUGAGAAGCUUUGCUCUGUAUCUCUAUCACACAUCAAUGUUUAUGCUUGCCUGGUCUGUGGAAAGUAUUUCCAAGGAAGAGGAAAGAUGUCACAUGCCUACACUCACAGUGUACAGGACAGUCAUCAUGUCUUCCUUAAUUUAUCCACACACAAGUUCUACUGUAUCCCAGACAAUUAUGAAAUCAUAGAUUCAUCUUUAGAGGAUAUCAUUUAUGUGUUGAAUCCAACAUUUAGUACAAAACACAUACAGACGUUAGACAAGAGUGCCAAAAUGUCCCGUGCAUAUGAUGGUACAACUUACCUGCCAGGCAUUGUUGGUUUAAACAACAUAAAGGCAAAUGAUUACUGUAAUGUUAUUUUACAGGCUCUGUCACAUGUGUCUCCAUUGAGAAACUACUUUCUGCAAGAGGAGAGUUAUAAAGGGAUCAAAAGACCACCUGGGGACCAGAUGUUUUUGGUGGUUCAGAGAUUUGGGGAGUUGUUACGGAAACUGUGGAAUCCACGUAACUUCAAGGCCCAUGUUAGUCCACAUGAAAUGUUACAGGCUGUUGUGCUGUGUAGUAAGAAAAGAUUCCAGAUCACACAUCAAGGUGAUGCCCUGGAGUUCAUGUCAUGGUUUCUGAAUGCUCUGCAUGGUGCCCUGAAUGGUACAAAGAAACUCAGCAGCUCUGUCAUAAAUAAGACAUUCAGAGGCAAGAUGAAGGUCUACUCUAGGAAAGUUCCUCCUCUUGAAAUGGCUGAGCAUGAGAAGCAGAAGUUGUUGCUAACAGAGGAGUACCAAGAAACGAUGGAUGAGAUCCCCUGGUUAUAUCUGACAUGUGACCUCCCACCACAACCACUGUAUCCUGAUGAACUGCAGGAAAAUAUCAUCCCACAAGUGCCAUUUCACACAAUUCUAGCCAAGUUUAAUGGUACUUUUGAGAAGGAAUAUAAAACUUACAAAGAUUCAACAUUAAAAAGAUUUGAGUUGACCAGGUUACCACCGUACAUCAUUGUUUAUGUGAAGAGAUUUACAAAGAACUUCUUUGUUCAGGAGAAGAAUCCUACCAUAGUUAACUUUCCAAUCAAAAACAUAGAUUUUGGAGAUUUGUUGUCACCUGAGAUACGAGCAUUGCACAAAUUCACAACCUAUGAUCUGAUGGCUAAUAUAAUCCAUGAUGGAGCUCCAGGACCGGGAAAGGGUACAUAUAGAGCUCACAUACUGCAUAAGGGUUCAGGAAAAUGGUAUGAGUUGCAAGAUCUACAUGUAGCCGACAUUCUGCCACAGAUGAUCACAUUGUCAGAGAGUUAUAUACAGAUCUUUGAGCUGAGAACAGAUAUCCCAAACCCAGCAUUUGCUAAAGAAAAAACAGCUGGUACCCAGCAGUCUGGAAACAGCUCAAACUCGGCAGAGAAACAGACCGGUGCAAAUAAUGGACGCCAGCAACCAGUAGACAUGGACUUGAGCAGUUGAAAAACCAGGUUUAUGUUGCUGUGUACCAGUGCAGGAUUGAAGUACAUAAAUUUUCACUGAAGCAGAUUCUACAGUGCAAAGAUGAAACAAGCAAAAUCUAUGACUUUUAUGCAAAAUAGUAAGGAACAGAUGUUAUCAAAUCACGUGGUCCAACUUAGAAAGAGCAGGAACUAUUGUAUAACCUAUGUAGGUUAACAGCUGGAAAGUGAAAAUUGUGUCUUUUCAAGUAACCUGAUUAUUUUAGGGCAACUUCUUAUAUGUGUUUCUGAUGAGAAGCUCUGUGUAAACUGUAGUACAGUGUGAACAGGGAUUGCUACAUAAAUGGCAGCGUGGUAUCAACUGAGGCCUGUUUUGUAAAUACUUAACAGAAAGUAAUGGACACAGACAGAAUAAUAAAAAAGAGGCCUAAAGCUGACAUUUGUGGGAAAUAGAAAAAACAGCAUAGUAACAUUUUUGUUAAAGAGUUAUUAUAGAAUGCAAGUUAUAUUAAAGCAUCAUCAGAUGUGACAAUGUAUGAAGAAAAUGACCAAAUAAAAUGAAAGAAAGCAUA